AUCAUCCUCUAAGAUAUGAUAGAGGCGCACGCUUCUGGCAGCCGCAUUGCUCAGGGUAGCCGCCUCGUUGCAGCUGCGCCAUCCAGGAAGGCGCCCGCCAUGCGGUAAUGCACGUGGUUUGAAUGGCCGGGAUUUCGCUUACGUAUGAUUUUGGGACUUUUCUCCUGCCGUCGCCUCGAUCGUCUUCGUCCUCAUCCCAUCAACCAUCGUCCCCUCAGCCCUCUUCUCUAGUCUAUAAAAGCUCUUCUCCCAAAAAGCCCAACAAAUGGCUGGCGCGCGUGGUUGCUUCAACUGUGGUGGAUUCGGUCACCAGGCGGCAAAUUGCCCCAGGGCAGGAACACCUACUUGUUAUAACUGCGGAAUGGAGGGCCACGUCUCGAAGGACUGCACCGCCGAAGCGAAGGCGAAGACUUGCUACAAGUGCGGCCAGGAGGGUCACUUGUCGCGAGAGUGCCCUGAGAAUGCAAACGCGACGAGCGGCGGCUAUGGCGGCGGCAGCUCGGGCACUGAGUGUUAUAGAUGCGGAAAGAUCGGACACAUUGCGCGUGCGUGUCCCGAGGCAGCUACGAGCGGCGGCUACCAGAGUGGACACUCUGCUUUCAGCGGGGGUAACCAGCGAACGUGCUUCUCCUGCGGAGGCGUCGGUCACUUAUCGCGUGACUGCGUGCAAGGCUCAAAGUGCUACAAUUGCUCGGGAUUCGGACAUAUUUCCAAAGAUUGCCCCCAGCCGCAACGCAAGGCGUGCUACACCUGUGGCUCCGAAGGACACAUCUCGCGCGACUGCCCUGGAACCACGGAAGCCAUUGCUGAGAGUGCUGCUUGAGCAUAUGUUCAUGUCCGACAUUGUUUCGUGUUCAUUUUAUCUACUCUUGUGAUCCCGUCUGUCGAUGCAUGUAUGAGAUGCGCGUUUGUUCGCGCAAUAUAAGCAUAUCUUCCGGUGUUUCAUCAGAUCAUGUUCUGGCGCG